CACUCAGCUGAGUCCGUCAGUCAGUCAGUUCACGGUCUGAUGAAAAAAAAGCAGGGACUGGAGGACGCCUGGAUUUAAACUUAGCCGCUUUGGAUGUACGACUGUCCACACUCCUCACCGGGAAUACAAGAAAGACAGACAGGAUGGGAUGUAUGAGGUCCAAGCUGAGCAUGAGCCUGAGCGGAGGUGUGGAAGUGAAGCACAGCCAGCAGCCUGUACGUACUGACCACUAUGUCAGAGAUCCCACCUCCAAUAGACAAAUGUUCAUUAAUGGCUCCCAGUCUUCAGUGUUGCUGCCUGGUCAGAUCAUUCAAAAUAUGGAAGAGCAAAAUGACUGUGCUAACGUCAUGGUUGCCAUUUAUCCAUAUGAGGCCACCCACCCGGACGACUUGGGAUUCAAGAAGGGAGAAAAAGUCAUAAUUUUAGAAAAACAUGGAGAAUGGUGGAAGGCCAAGUCUAUGACAACCAAGAAAGAAGGAUUCAUCCCAUCUAAUUAUGUUGUACAAGACAACACCUUGGAGACACAGAAAUGGUUUUUUAAGGACAUCACAAGGAAAGAUGCAGAGAGACAACUGUUAGCACCGGCAAACAAACCAGGAGCUUAUCUAAUCCGGGAGAGCGAGACAUCAAAAGGAAGUUACUCCUUGUCCAUCAGAGAUAUGAACACCCAGGGGGCAGAGACAGUCAAACACUACAAGAUCAGAAAGAUGGAUAACGGAGGUUUCUACAUUUCUCCCAAAAUCACCUUCAUGGACCUCAGCGAAUUGAUCAAACAUUACCACAAGCAAGCAGAUGGCUUGUGCUGCAAGCUGGACCACCCAUGUAUGAAGCCCAAAGCUCAGAAACCUUGGGACAAAGAUGCCUGGGAGAUUUCCAAAGACUCUAUAAAGAUGGUGAAGAAGCUGGGGGCAGGGCAGUUUGGAGAGGUCUGGAUGGCCUACUACAACAACAACACCACGGUGGCGGUAAAGACGCUGAAGGCAGGCACCAUGUCCGUCGAGGCCUUCAUGGAGGAGGCCAAUUUGAUGAAGACUUUACAGCACAACAGGCUGGUGCGGCUGUACGCUGUCGUGACCAAGUCAGAGCCCAUCUAUAUCAUCACCGAAUACAUGGCGAAUGGCAGCUUGCUGGACUUCUUAAAGAGCGAGGCGGGAUGCAGAUUGCAACUACCAAAGCUCAUCGAUUUUUCCGCACAGAUAGCAGAGGGCAUGGCGUACAUUGAGAAGAAGAACUACAUCCACAGAGACCUGAGAGCAGCCAAUGUUUUGGUGUCUGAGAGUCUGCUCUGCAAGAUUGCCGAUUUCGGAUUGGCAAGGGUCAUCGAGGAUGAUCAAUACACAGCCAGAGAGGGGGCCAAGUUUCCCAUCAAGUGGACGGCCCCAGAGGCCAUUAACUAUGGCUCCUUCACCAUCAAGUCAGACAUGUGGUCCUUUGGCGUACUCCUUUAUGAGAUUAUCACCUAUGGAAAAAUUCCUUAUCCAGGUAUGACCAAAGUGGAUGUAAUGACGAUGAUACAGCGCGGCUAUCGAAUGCCGCAGCCUGAAAACUGUCCCGCGGAGCUCUACAACAUCAUGAUGUCAUGCUGGAACAGCAACCCAGACGACAGACCCACCUUUGACUACAUGCAGAGUGUCCUGGAUGACUUCUACACUGCCACAGAGGGACAAUACCAGCAACAGCCUUAGAGAGAGAAGAGAGAGAGAGAAACUCAAAAAGGCAUCAUACAUAUUUCGGAGAGACUGACUAAAAGUGGUAGAAAUGGGGGAUUUUGGCUUCAGGAAAGUCUAAAAUCAAUUCUUCAUUCUUAUAUUGUCACAUUUCAAGACCUAACAUAUCAUUAUCGACGUCAUAGCUCCAUAUCGAUAUUGGCACAAAUGCAAGGGAUAUGAUGUAUUUUUCAACCCAAAAAUUAUUUCUGCACAAAGACUAAAUGAUCCGCCUAAAAAAUGUUUCACAAUGUGUGCAGCUUGUGUAGAAACCACCAGUUAGGUGUAGGACAGAAUAGACUAAUCUCCACUACCCAGAGCUGUGGAGUGAAGGGUCCAGUAAAGCCCAGUUGGGAUAUUGUGGAACUAGUGGCGCUGGGAUGCUGAUAUGACACUGCUUUAGAAACAAGACUGUCGGUUGUACAAUUUAUUUCCUCCUGGCACUGCAAAAAAAAAAGGCUAAACCAGGGGAAAGCAAGGUGUAGCUCUCUUCACGACAACACAGACACAGGCCGGUUCUUUGAAACGGGCAUUUAUUGCUUGGGCACGUCUUGUUUCUCCGAUACAUCCACGCCUUAGUAACGCCGUGACAACCCGUUGGCCGCUUGUCAUGAAAAGAGGUUCUUACGUUCUUGGGAGUCUUUUGAAACUUUCUUUUGACUGUCUGCUUUGGCUUCAGACGUCAAUAAUUGACCUUCAAUACAAUAUAUGCAGCACCUGAAAACCUUUUAUUCUAAGAAAUAAUCUCCGUAUGGUUCGUCAGCAUCAACAGGAAAAGCACCUCUCCCAUCGCAGAUACCAGGACCCAAGCAUCGUGUUAGGCUGCCCUUUAUGUGCCUGAGCGUGUGCCCUACUGCAUUAGACCCAAGCUUUAACCUUACACCAAACAAACUAUUUAUUUAUUGUAUGAAAUUAUGGGAUUAUGAAUAAUAAACAUAGAGCAUUUAUGCAGCAGUACUUACACAAGGUAUACCAGCAACGGCUAUGUCGCCAGUAUCACGUAACGCUACUUUCCCCUGCUGGGGGUGUUUAUUAGCUUAGCUGGCGUUAGUAAUUGAUUUUAUAUAAUGCUAUGCUAAUUUGGGAAGAAAAAGUUAAUUCACUCCGCCGUCCCCCCCCCCCCCCCCCCGUCGAUUAAUGUGGUCUCUCAUCCAGUCCAAAAAAUGGCCAUCCUCUUCCUGCCCGCUUAUUUUAGCUAACUAGAAGUGGUCUCUAUGUUUUUGCCUUAAUUUCACUCUCGAUGACGAGGUGCAGAACAGCACUCAACAAACUCAGAAACUCCACCAAAUCCACCUCCAUGGUGAAUUACCAAACUGCGGCUGAUUUGUUGAAAAGUUACUCCUUGGUUUGCACUGAACUUGUCUGUCAGUUAUGCUGACAUCAGCACUGAGUGACAGUUAAGGGACUAAUCAUGAAGGAAAUCUUAUUAAGGCCCGCCCUCAAGAUCCAUUAUCCGAAAACCUUUUUUUUUUCUUUCUAAUUUCCCCCCCUUUUUCUCCCCAAUUGUAUCUGGCCAGUUACCCCGAGCCAUCCCGGUCGCUGCUCCACCCCCUCUCUGCCGAUCCGGGAAGCGCCCCGACCAACCAGAGGAGGCGCUAGUGCAGUGACCAGGACAAAUACCCACAUCCGACUUUUCACCCGCAGACACGGCCAAUUGUGUCUGUAGGGACGCCCGACCAAGCCGGAGGUAACACGGGAUUCGACCUGGCGGUCCUGUGUUGGUAAGCAACGGAAUAGACCGCUACGCUACCCAGACGCCCAUAUCCGAAAACCUUAUCCGAAAACCUUAUCCGAACCACUUAUCCUGCUCUCAGGGUCACGGGGAUGAUGGGGCCUAUCCCAGCAGUCAAUGGGUGGUGGGCGGGGAGACACCCUAGACAGUGAUGUCAGGCCAAAUUGUGUCCGGGCUGCCAAAAUGUGUCCGGGUGACGUCAUCGCAAUGCAAUCGCCCUUUUUUUGGAUUGCUGGCAACCUAGCUAACUAAUUUGUCAUUGAUGUAAAAAAAAAACAUAAUAGCAAACAUUGGACGUUUCAUUUCAAUGGAAAAUAGGUUUAUAGAACAUCGUUACUGAAAAUCUCGUCCAUGCUACAUAACAUUAGCUAGCUAGUUUGCUAGCUAGCCAACAAGGUGAUCAACCAGUAGAUGAACUCUAGCCUCAAAGUACGCUUUUUGUGCUUUUCGAAAAACAUAUCCUAAUAUAAACAAUUGCACGUCGAAUAAAAAAGGUGACCCUGCGCAUGUAUUGUAUGAUGUAGCUAAAAAGAGUACACUAUUAAACCUGCUUUUGCCUGCAAUAUUACGUCUCUAUGAACUACAGCGAGAGAGGAACGCCAGGAAUGCGAACUGUCACGAUUGCAUUGCGAUGACGUCACCCGGACACAUUUUGGCAGCCCAGACACAAUUUACCCUCACAGAGCCAGCAGCAGGUGGCGAGCAGGGCUGAGAGGAUUGAAAUCUUUCAGGGCUGGAAUCUGCCCAAGUGGGCUGUUGAGGUGGAAAAUCCCAGUAGUGGUCCUUUCAGCUGAUUUCUUCCCUGACAAUUCUAUUCAACAAUGUAGGAAGGUGAGGAAAAAUGUUUUGCUGUUGUUGUUUGUUUUGUUUUUGUUUUUUUCAGAUAUUGUGCUGUACAAUUCAUAAAAUGUUCUAUCAAUGACAACUCUCAUCAAACCCUGUGGAAUUAGCAAAAGCAAUUUCUCAUUUGCAUUGCUUGUUGUUUAAUUACAAAGGGAAGGGUUGAUUGCCUAUGAAGUCAACUUCAUAUUGAAGUCUUGUUGCUGAUCCUGCUUGUGCAUCGUUUUUUAAGCGUUGGUCUGUAAAUUUUUACCAAAACUACUUAUUUUCAGAGCUUUUGUUGUUGUUUUCCUGUAGGAUUUAUUUCUUUCAAGCGCACAUUUGGGUAAAUAAUUUCAAGUGCAACUAUUGUUAUCAAUGUUUCAAUAAAUGUAUCUGAUAUUACAGUUGGUUUGUUUAAAUGACAUUCUACUACUACUCCUACUACUUUCGGCUGCUCCCGUUAGGGGUCGCCACAGCGGAUCACCCGUUUCCAUUUCUUCCUGUCUGCAUCUUCCUCUAUCACACCAGCCGGCAUUUCUUCCUUCACCACACCUAUAAACCUCCUCUUUGGCCUUCUUCUGUUCCUCAGCCCUGGAGCUGCCAGGGAAGAUGGAAAAAAAAGCUCUGUAAAUUAACAUAACCCAAUAGCACUUAUUUGAGAUUCAGAGCACCCACAUAUUUCACUGUAGUUUGAUCAUUACAUUUUGUCUACUUUUG